AUGGACGGAAUCGGGCCUGAAGUUGAGGUGUUCGCGAACAUCCUCGACGAUUGCCUGGCAAACCAAGGCACCGAUGAGGACAAACGCGCAAGGGUCUUGGGGCUCGUAAACGCAUACAACGAUUAUGCCGCCGAAAAGCUUUCGCAGCUGCGCAAGCCACGCCGUCAGGGCUCAAUUGGCGACAAUGAGAUGGACCUGGACGAUGAAGAAGAGGCAGAGGCUGCGGCAGAUUCAGAAGAGAUUCGAGUAUGGGAGCAAGAAAGACAGACAUGGGAUCUCGUUCGUCGCCUUAUCCCGCUGAGAUAUUCUAUUCGAUCUUCGACGAACCAGGAAGCUACGUACAAUGGAAAAGAUUUGUGGAGGGCAUUCCUUGCGAACGACCAGUUGGCCACAGAGAGGAAGACCAUUCUCGAAUGGUUACAACAAGGCGCGAGAGCUGGCCCCGACAUCGACGACCUCGUACGAGAUCUCCAGCAAAACGCUGACAGAGGAGACAUCAUCGCUCACGGUUGGAUACACACAAGGUCUGCCAUCAAGUUGCAGAAGAGUGUGAUUGGUUCUUCACGCCCGCUUGAUGUGCAUUUUCCGGAGGUCGCACGCUCUCUAGUCAACUCAGACAAGGCGCCACUUGUUGCCGAACUAGACCCAGACUCUGUGAUCAGACAGGGUCGCAAGUUGGAGCCACAGGAUGAGUACUUUGAGAGGGCUAUUUGGGUAGGCUGCUUCCAGCUGCUUCGAAGAGGCUGUACUGUGGAGACUACGCGGGAGUGGUGCUUGGAGAGGACGGAGGUCUGGAGGGCUGUAUCCAUGUCCGCCUUACCUCUUGCAAGUGACCACGGCGAGACCACGCUUGUCGACGACCCUUCAGCGCUUACUCUGUGGAGACGCAUGUGUUUUGCUCUUGCUCGCCAAGGAGGUACCGAUGAUAUUGAGAGAGCAGUAUAUGGGGUGUUGUCCGGAGACAUCCCCAGCGUGCAAAGAGUAUGCCAGACUUGGGACGACUUCAUGUUCAUGCACUACAACGCUCUGGUUCGCACGCAGUUCGACACUUUCCUACUCAGCCAAUGCUCCCCGGAAGCAUCGGCAACCAUUCGCUCAUCAUUCGCUGCUUUUGACGCAGUUCAGUUCCACGGCGAUGCCGCCACGUUGGAGCAACGCCUGAUCCGCAACCUUGAGACAAGCCCGCACACAAGCAAGGAAGCUCUGGAGCCUAUCAAGGCACUACAAGCCGCCAUUAUCUCCAAAGACCUCCAGCGACAUUUCUACGAGCAGGGUGUGGCCAUCACACAGAAAGCGAAUUCCAAGGAGGCAUCUGCGCUCAUGCCCGAUCACAACUGUCGCAACGUCGACGUAGUGACGGAAAAGUUCGCCGACAUCAAAAAUCCCGAUGGCCUGCGAAUUGCUGUUCAUGCACUCAUCAUCUUCGAUACGCUUGACAAACUCGGCACUUUGAAAACAAAUACCGUAACAAUGAGCUCAGAUCAUGAUCGUCGUGAAUUGCAAGAGAACACGAUUACGCAGUAUAUCAGCUUGCUCCGACUAGCAGGCUUGGAGGAGUUGAUACCACUGUAUUGCUCCAGGCUUCACCCAUCGAGAGCCUUCCAAGUGUUAAGCACAAACCUACUUCCCAUCACCGAUAGCGAGGCUCGUCAAGAGCAGCUCACCUUCAUUCACAAAGCAGGACUGGACGUGGUGGAUUUCGUCAAGGCACAACCACAGUUCUUGUUCCAGACCUUGGACUCCGAUACUGCGCAAAACGAUGCAAUGCGGGAGUUCCAGAUCAUGGACGAUGGCCCGGCGUCCUUGAAGUACGGGCGUUCCAUCAAAACAGACUUCUUCGGGGAAGAUCCCGAAUCCAUUGACGCGGUCGACGAGCGCUUGAUCCGGUCAGUAGAAUGGCUGCUUCUAGUCAGCGAGGCCUGGCCAUAUGUCUUUUCUAUCGGCGUGGCAAUUUACAAGCACUUUCUAAAGACCAUGCAUUUGAAUGCUGCCAGAAGCUUCGCAAAUCGUGUGCCAUUCGACAGCAUUCUGCGCAUGCGCUCAAGCGACUUCCCUGAACAAGCAGAAGACGAACUCUGGUGGACGCAAGAUGGAGAAUUCUGGGUCAACCAGCUCGAAGGCGCGGGUGCGAUGGACCUCUCGCCAAGUCAAGUAGUAUCGGACGCCAAGGUCUUACGGGAACUUGAGUGUCUCGUCAGAGCCUUGGACACAAUGGAGACUGUCGCUUCCCUAGCGGAACUGUCAAGAGAGUAUGUCAACCUGACCUUUGGCUACAACAUCUUGCUAACCACUUGCAGGGACCCGUCUGUCAAACGAGAUUUCUGGGCGAAGGUUGGCAACGAGGUCAAGGCGGCCAAAGAACACGUGCGACCGCUACUGGUUGACUGGCUGGGUGAUCAAGAGGAUCAAGACUUACAAGCGCUGCGGGAAGCAUAUCUUCCCGAGACGAUCCUCGCUUACAUCAGCACGCUCCAUUUCGCCGGCACGACGCUGACGAGGGAUAACUUUUUGGAGUGUAUGGAGCUGGCGGCCACUAUUGCGGAGAAGGGCUCCGAUGUGGCAGAGUGCUUCGCCAAAGCUAAGCGAAUGAAGGAACUGGUCGAGUGUUUUGCUGCCUGCAGCAAAGCUCUGGCCGUUGCAUCGGGCGAGAAAAAGGCGGCCAAUUCGAGUAGCAAGAAGCUACGGGAAAUGGGAUGGUCACGGGAUCUUUGGUCCGUAAAGCACUGA